UCUUAUAUCUGUGGUGUUUUGUUUACAUGUGCCAUGUGCCCAGCAGCUUAGCAGUGCGUUGUGUUGUACUUUAAAGAAAUUUGUUUGGUUGAUACUAAGAAAAGGGUUAAACAAAACUAUACAGUAUGGUGCGAAAAAAGAUUGACAACAGAAUAAGAGUGAUUAUUGAGAACGGCGUUGUACAAGGCCACAGAAGUAUGUUUGUAAUAGUUGGUGAAAGAGGAAGGGAUCAGGUGGUUAUUUUGCAUCACAUGCUGUCGAAGGCAACAAUAAAAGCACGCCCCAGUGUUCUGUGGUGUUACAAGAAAGAGCUUGGCUUCAGCAGCCACAGAAAGAAGAAAAUGAAAACACUCCAGAAGAAGAUCAAGUCUGGCAGGUUGAAUGUAAAUGAGGAUGAUCCUUUUGAGCUAUUUGUUGCCUCUACAAAUAUUCGAUACUGUUACUAUACUGAAACUCAUAAAAUAUUGGGAAACACUUUUGGAAUGUGCAUUCUUCAGGACUUCGAGGCUUUGACUCCGAACAUUUUAGCUCGCACGAUUGAGACCGUGGAAGGCGGAGGACUCAUCAUCCUGCUGUUGCGGUCGGUUGCGUCCCUCCGCCAGCUCUACACCAUGACCAUGGAUGUCCAUGAACGUUUCCGAACAGAAGCCCACAGCGAAGUGGUCGCUCGGUUCAAUGAGCGCUUCCUGCUGUCGCUGGCGUCGUGCCCGCGCUGCCUGGUGAUGGACGACCAGCUGACGGUGCUGCCGCUGUCGUCGCACAACCUGCGCGUGGAGCCGGCGGACAGGAGCGGGCCGGAGGGGCCCGACCCCGCUCUGGCCGCCAUCAAGGACAGCCUGGAGGACCUGAGGCCGGUCGGCGUGCUGGUCAAGCUGUGCAAGACGGCCGACCAGGCAAAAGCAAUGCUGAAGUUCGUGGAAGCAAUAUCGGAGAAGACUCUUCGCUCCACAGUUUCGCUGACUGCAGCCCGAGGGAGAGGCAAGUCUGCGGCUCUGGGCAUCGCUAUGUCUGCGGCCGUGGCAUUCGGCUACUCGAACAUCUUCGUCACCAGUCCCAGCCCAGAAAAUCUCAACACGUUGUUUGAGUUUGUGUUCAAAGGUUUUGACGCACUGGAGUAUCAGGAGCACCUUGACUACGACCUGAUACAGUCUACGAAUCCAGAGUUCAACAAAGCAAUUGUUCGAGUAAACAUUUUUCGAGACCACAGGCAGACUAUUCAGUACAUACACCCAACAGACGCCCACAAGCUGGGUCAGGCAGAACUGGUGGUCAUAGACGAGGCCGCAGCCAUCCCGUUGCCAUAUGUCAAGGCCAUGCUCGGACCUUACCUAGUCUUCCUGUCAUCCACGAUAAAUGGGUACGAAGGUACAGGACGGUCCUUGUCGCUGAAACUCCUCAGCCAGUUGCGGACGCAGGCGGCCCCAAGUGGGGUCACUGUCGACAAGGCGAAGAGUGCGUCAACUGGCAGGGCCCUCCACGAGGUGACGCUAGAGGAGUCGAUACGAUACAAACCUGGUGAUGCGGUAGAAGAAUGGCUCACGAACCUUCUGUGCCUUAAUGCUGUGUCAGUUCAGCCCAUCCAGUCCGGCUGCCCUGUGCCUGAAAAUUGUGAUCUGUAUUACAUCAACAGAGACACACUGUUCUGCUUCCACAAAGCAUCUGAAGCCUUUCUACAGAGAAUAGUAUCUCUCUUCGUAGCAUCACAUUAUAAGAACAGUCCCAACGACCUGCAGAUGAUGUCUGAUGCCCCCGCGCACCACUUGUUCUGUCUGCUCGGACCCGUCGACCCGGAACAGAAGCAUCUUCCGGAAGUGCUCGUCGUAAUUCAGGUCUGCCUGGAAGGUCAGCUUUCUAAGAACUCUGUGGCAGAUGGCCUGUCUCGGGGGAAGAGAGCAUUUGGAGAUCUAAUCCCUUGGACAGUAGCACAGCAGUUCCAAGAUCAGGAUUUUCCAAUGCUUACAGGAGCAAGAGUUGUACGCAUAGCCACUCAUCCGGAUUAUCAAGGUAUGGGUUACGGGAGCAGAGCUCUAACAUUAUUGAAGCAUUACUAUGAACUGAAGAUACCCUGCAUUUCUGAAGAUAAUCCCCCUGAGGACCACAUUGAGAGCAUUUCCACAGAAGAAGUUAGUUUACUGGAAGAACGCAUUGUUCCCAGGAAGUCGCUGCCUCCCCUGCUGCUGAAACUGAGCGAGCGAUUGCCGGAGCACUUGGACUACCUCGGGGUUUCCUAUGGUCUUACCUUGCCUCUCAUGAAGUUUUGGAAGAGGGCGGGAUUUGUUCCAGUCUACCUCAGGCAGACGACCAACGACCUGACUGGCGAGCACUCGUGCAUCAUGCUGCAGCAACUGAACAUCACAGGGUCGGAGGACGGGACCACGGGAGGAAAGUGGCUCCCAGAGUUCUUCACGGACUUCAGGCGUCGCUUCAUCUCGCUGCUGGGUUAUCAGUUCAGAACCUUCCUGCCGGCGCUCGCGCUCAGCAUCGUGCAGAACAAGACCUGCAAGCUGGUGCCUAGAGAGCUGAGCAGCGAGGAGCUGGAGGCGCACGUGACCAAGUACGACGUGAAGCGGCUGGAGAUGUACGCCAACAACAUGGCCGACUACCACCUGGUCAUGGACCUGCUGCCGGCCCUGGCCCGCCUCUUCUUCCUGAACCUGAUGGGCGACGUGCACAUCUCCGCUGUGCAGGCCGCCAUCCUACUGGGCCUGGGGCUGCAGUACAAGACCGUGGACUGCCUCGCUGCUGAGCUGGAGCUGCAGAGCUCCCAGCUGCUGGGGCUGUUCAACAGGAUGAUGCGCAGGUUCGUGCAGCAUCUGCUGGCCGUCACGAAGCGGUCCAUCGAGCGGCGCCUGCUGCUGCCCGCCCGCCCCGGUCCCGACCCGGCCCCCGACACGCUCGACCCGGCCGGGCGCAGCCUGCGCGAGGAGCUGGAUCAGGCUGCCAAGGAGCUUAAAGUAAAGCAGCAGGAAAAGUUGGAGGAACUGAAGAGAGAGAACCUCAGCUUCUACGCCAUAAAAGGGUCAGAGGAUGAGUGGGGGAAGGCUCUGGCCAAAGGCAGUAAGAACCUCAUCUCUGUCAAGAGUGAGAAAAGAGGCAGUGAAGAAACUGUCAAUGAAAAACCACCACUGAAAAAGAAGAAGAAAACUAAAAGAAAUUUUCCUGUUUAGUCAUUGUUGAUAUAAGUGUAACUGUGAUCACAGUUCAAAAAUUCUGUAAAUAUUUUUUUUUUUAUUUUUGUGAAUAAUUGUAAACAUUUUAUUCAUAUAACAUAAAAUAAUUUCAAUAUUAAUUUAUUUUGAAUUAAAAAUGUUAAAUUAAAAUGUGUUAAGCCUACAAAUUUUGUCUAUAUUAAUUUCAAAUGUUCAACUAUUAAUCCUUUUCUAAUUCUGAUAGAAGUAUCUUGGCUUCUGGGUUAUAGUCACGUCCAAGGCGAAUAUAUCACCAACGUUUCGGUCGACAUUGCAGUCGCCAUCAUCAAGGUAGAGUUACCUACUGAGGUUAUCACAAGUUCUUCUGCCUUUAAUACUUUCGCCUGAGAGGAGUGUUUCCCGAUAUGCUGCAGCUGUGGGCCAAUCACAACUUACCUUACGUCUAAUUGGUCUGUUGGUUUGGCCAUUCGGAGCUGGACUUCUGUGAUUGACUGGGGGUGCUGGCAAAUCAGUGGCCUCUUCUCUUCUGAUUGGCUGAGCUGUUUUGCCAACCAGAGGCGACCUGUCUUUUGUUAGAUGCAGAGCUAGGUUUUAUGAAGACUGGAUCCCAUAUUCUGCUUAAUUUGUAGCCAUCUUCUCUAUUUAUGUUUGCUGGGUGUUAUAAUAUUUCUACUGAUUCUCGAAUGUAUCUCAAGUUGGCUAUGGCGUGGAAUUGAUUGAAAUCAAUGCUAUAUCUGAUUGUGGGUUUUCAUGUUUAUAGUCACUGAUAUGUUCUUUAACCCUUGUGAUUAUUCUUCAGCUAGUCUGUCCUAUAUAUAUAUAUAUAUAUAUAUAUAUAUAUAUAUACACACACACACACAAGAACAUGGAACCUUGUACCUACAAGCUAGGUUUUCGGCUGGGGUUUUGUCUUUCACAGAUGUCAGAGACCCCUCAGUCUUGUUUAAAGAUUUGAGAAUCGUAAGAAUUCUUGCCACUUGGUGAAAUUCAUUUGAUGUAAGGAGUGAAAGCUUUAUUAGGAAGAUGCACUUUCUUUUGCUGUUGUGAUUUCAUGGCUUUCCUAAUUUCUUGAUUUCGAAUAACCAUUUGCUUGAAGAUCACUUGUUAGAUGUUUCAUAUCUUCUUCAAUAUUGUCUUCGCAAAUGGCUCUAGCUCUGUUGACCAAAGUUGAGAUGAUUGUUCUGUCGCGUGACACUCUCUAAUCGGGGUGUCCCCUGCUCCAAUUGUGGCUGCCUAUGGGGGUUGCUAGUGGUGCUAUCUAUGCCGGGUCAAUGGAGAUUCCUUGGUGGGGUAGGGGGGAAUGGCCGUAUGAGUUCAGGGGGGUAGCCCCACCUAGGCAGGCCUUGUAGAUGGGCGUCAGAGCCGCCGAGCGAUAUGGUGGAGGGGCGGCUCUUCUCCAACGUUAUCCCUUUAGAGGGAGGGGAUGGAAUCGGGUUGACCCGAGUGGGGGCCGGGAAGAAGACCUCCGUCUGGCGGGGACCAACGGUCUUCUGUCGGCGGGCUGCUGCUGCUCGGUCCCGAGCCUUCGUGUAUACCCACGGGGCGGGGACUGAUGAAUCUCCCUCCACGGGUAUUGGCCGUGAGUUGGAGGGGGGUAAGGCACUGCCGUUCGGUAAAGGCCUCGGGGUCUGCUUAGCCCCCUGCCCUCGAUAGAAAUACGACAUGGGUUGCUGGUUGCUUACCCACAGAGAGUCUGGCGGCUCUGGUGAUCGCUGAAGUGGCCGCUCUUCCCUGGGUCGAGGGCAGUCUGGCGAGCUGGUCGGCUGGCAGGCGGUGGGUGACUUGGUGGGCUCUCCCUCUCCCGAAUGAAAAGCUCGGUAUGCUCGUAGCACAAACUUUAUUCGCUAGCUCUGGGAGUCGCAGCCUCUCCCCUACAGGCUACAUAUACUGAUACUGUGUUACUAGCUACGGCCUGUAACUAGGCAGGUCCUGGCUCGAACGAUAACACUCACACCUCGGCGAAUUCCUCUCCCUAUCUGCUCUCGGUCCUCACGUAGACGGGUUCGAGUCCCGGAGUCCUCUUGUAGUGGUGGCACGGUGAGAGAGAGACCUCGGCGGCCGUGGUGCCACUGGGACACCAACUGCCUUUCUGGGCCAAGGGCUGGCCCUUUUAUACCCAUCCUGAGGGCCUGGGCGUGACGUCGGAGGGCGAGGGAUUCCGGGAAUUGCCGGCCGCUUCCCGGAAUUCCAGGCAGCAGUAGUGCCGUGCGCAAAAUGCUGGCCUGGAGGGAGAGGGG